AUGUUAGAGCAAUGUUUGUAUAGCUUUAACUGUAAAUUGUGCUUCUGCUUUUGAUGCAAGCUGUUCUUGUGGAAGUUCAACCAAAUAAAGCUGUACGUCGACAACCUUUUGCGUUGAUCCAACUGCAUCCUCUGGAUCAUGUAAAGAGGCUUGUUCGUUAUCAACGGUUUCAGAUUGUAUAUGUGGUACUUCAAGCAAAUCCUAUUGUGAUUCAUCUAAACAAUGCUAGAGUAAUUCAUGUGUAUCUGUUACCAAUUGUUCAUCAAUUAAUUAAAAUAACUGUUCUUGUGGAAGCUCAUCAAAGCAAAAUUGUAGUUCAACAACUUAUUGCAAAGAUCCAAGUGCAACAAAUGGAGUUUGCGUUAAUAAAUGCUCAGGAUCAACUGUAAAUAAUUGUAUUUGUGGAACAUCAACACUAUCAUAUUGUAGUUCAACUUAAAGAUGCGAAGAUAAUAUGGCUAGUUCAGGUAAUUGUUUGGAUAUAUGUACUACUAAUUUUUAAAGUAAUUGUUCAUGUGGUUAAAGUCAAUUUAGCUAUUGUAAUAAUUCUAAAUAUUGUUUAAAUGCUACUGCUACUAAUGGAUAAUGCUAUGAUAAUUGUACGGAUAGUGUUAAAUCUUCUUGCAUUUGUGGUACUGUUUCCAAACAAGUUUGUUCUAGUUAACAAAAAUGUGAAGAUACAACUGCUAAUAAUGGUAAUUGCAUUACUAUACCAAACUGUAUUAAUAAUUUUGAUAACUCUUGUUUAUGUGGUAUAACUUAAGUUUCUUAGUGUUCCUAAUCUACUUAUUGCACUAAUGUAACUGAUUCAACAGGUGUUUGCUUAUAUAAUUGCAACCAAAAUUUAACAUCUAGUUGUAUAUGUGGCACAAAUAAUAAACUUAUCUGUUCUAAAACUUAAGUAUGUUAGAAUCCUAAUGAUAUGAAUGGAUAUUGUAUAGAAAAAUGUGUUACGAAUUUAUAAACAAAUUGCUUAUGUGGUAACUCAAUUAUUCCAUUUUGUGGUUCAAAUGAACAUUGCCAUGAUUUUUAAUAACUUAUAGGUACCUGUGUUAAAUAAUGUAAUUUAUUUGAAAAUAAUUGUGUUUGUGGAAUAUCAUAAUAUUCUGAAUGCUCAUCGACUACAUAUUGUUCAUCAAAAUAAUCAGGAGUUUGUUUAGAAUAUUGUUCUUACUAAUCCUCCAAUUGUAUUUGUGGAAAUAAGGUCAAAUAGGUAUGUUCAAAUGAAGAAAAAUGCGUUGAUCCAUAUUCAGAUAACGGCAUUUGUAAUUAAGGAACUUGCACAGAACAAUUUUAAUCAAAUUGUACUUGUGGUACAACUAAUCCAGCUUAUUGCAAUAAGAAUUAAUAUUGCUUCGAUUAGACAGCACUUAGGGGAGUCUGUUACGAAAAAUGUCAGUAAAAUUAAAAUAAUUGUUUAUGUGGAAUAGAUUCAAUUGACAUCUGUUAUGCAUCGUCGUAUUGUUUAUUGUAAUCCAAAGGAGUUUGUAUGCCACAAUGUAAUGAAAGUAAUUAUCAAAAUUGUUUGAUAUUAUCUGAAAACCUAGCUUGCCUUGAUUAAUUUGAUACUAUUUAUGAUGUUCACACUGAAAAAUGUGUACCAACUUGCAAAGAAAAUGGCUAAAACAAUUGUUUUUGUGGCAGCAGAGAGAAUGGUUUAGAUGUAAAAUUAAUUUGUUAAUCUGGCUAUGAAUGCUAAAAUCUUGGAACAAAAUAAAGUGUUUGUUUAGAGAAAUGUACAAUUAAGAAGACUACAAGUUGUUAUUGCGGAUAGGAAAAGUCCCAAUAUUGUAAUGAAAAUUAGACGUGUUAAGAUGUUACUUAAUAGAUAGGCUUAUGCAAAUCAUCUUUAACUAAUUCAGCAGAUGAUUUUACUAUCAGAUUACAAAUAGGGCUUUUUGUUAUAAUCAGCCUAUUAACUAUUAUUUGA